UUUACUGGAAACAGUACACAAGGCACCGCCCACUUAGCUUGCCAGCUCUUCUGUCAACCCUACAAACACCAAACCACAGCACACACAGCUAGCUAAGUUAGCUAACAAGUUUGCGUGUGUGAGUGUGUGUCCUCCAGGCUGUGAUGGCAGCAGUUGGAACCCCAGCGCCAAAGGUCACUGACUGUGUGACCAAGGUGGCGCUGAGCAUCACCUGUGAGAAUCUGCUCGACAUGGAUGCAUUCUCAAAGUCUGACCCUCAGUGUGUGCUCUUCAUGAACAGCUCAGGGCCUCACUGGUGUGAGAUUGGCCGGACAGAGAAAAUCGAGAACUGCCUCAAUCCCAAGUUUUCCAAGACUUUUGUCGUUGACUACUACUUUGAGAUGGUGCAGAAGCUGAGGUUUGAAAUAUACGACAUUGACACCGUCAACUGCAGUCUGCAAGAUGCUGACUUCCUGGGAGAAAUGGAGUGUACCUUGGGACAGGUUGUGUCCUCAAGGAAACUAACAAGACCACUUGUCAUGAAGGACAAGAAACCUGCAGGGAAAGGUACCAUCACUAUAUGUGCCGAAGAAAGAACAGACAACAGAGUGGUGGAUUUUGAAGUUGCAGGUAGAAAACUGGAUAAAAAGGAUUUCUUUGGCAAAUCCGACCCGUUCCUGGAAUUUUACAAGCCGACAGAAACUGGAUGGCAGCUUGCUCACAGGACAGAGGUGAUCAAAAAUACCCUAAACCCAGUAUGGAAACCAUUCCGAAUCCCACUGCAGUCACUCUGUGGAGGUGACGUCGAGAAAUCGAUAAAGGUAGAGUGUUAUGACUACAACAGCAGCGGAUCUCACGACUUUAUUGGAUCCUUUGAGACCACACUCUCCCAAAUACAGCAGGCAACACAAACAUAUGCGGCUGAGUUUGAAUGCACCAAUAGUAAGAAGAAACAGAAGAAGAAAGGAUACAAAAACUCUGGUAUUAUCGUUGUAAAGAAAUGCAAGAUAGUGAAGGAAUAUACCUUUCUGGAUUACAUAAUGGGCGGCUGUCAGAUUAACUUCACUAUUGCUAUUGAUUUCACAGGCUCCAACGGGGCUCCAAGCUCCCCUCAGUCCCUCCAUUACAUCAACCCUCAGGGCUAUAAUGAAUACCUGGCAGCUAUCUGGGCAGUGGGUAAUGUCAUCCAGGACUACGACAGUGACAAGAUGUUCCCUGCUUUUGGAUUCGGAGCCCAGCUUCCUCCUUCAUGGCAGGUCUCCCACGAGUUUCCCAUCAACUUCAACCCAUCAAAUCCGUUUUGUGCAGGUAUAGAGGGUGUUGUCCAAGCCUACCAGCAGUGCCUGCCCCAGGUGAAGCUUUACGGUCCCACAAACUUUUCCCCAAUCAUCAACCACGUAGCCAAUUUUGGCCUACAAGCCUUACAGCAGAAGACGGCCUCUCAAUACUUUGUUCUGCUGAUCAUCACUGACGGAGUGAUCACAGACAUGGAUCAGACGCGCAGUGCCAUCGUCAACGCCUCUCGUCUGCCCAUGUCCAUCAUCAUUGUUGGAGUAGGGGGGGCGGACUUCAGUGCCAUGGAGUUCCUGGAUGGAGACGAUGGAAUUUUACGCUCUGCUGUAGGCGAGGCUGCCCUGCGGGACAUCGUGCAGUUCGUGCCAUUCAGGCAGUUCCAGAAUUGUCCACAAGAAAUGCUUGCUCAGAGCGUCUUGGCAGAAGUCCCAGGUCAGGUGGUGAGCUUCUUCAGUAAAAUGAGUUUAAGUCCACCUCACAGCGACACACCUCUCCCUGACCUCUCAGCAUCUGCCCCUUCCAGUGAUGUAUCCUGAGGACCAACGAUUCUCCUCAGAAUACCGCAUGAGCAUGCAACAUCUACUCUGGCUGCCAUGCUACAAUUUAUAUAUACUAUGUACCAAUAGUAUAAAGCCAUAGGAUACUGAUAUUGUCAAACAUCCUAACAUGUAGAUAGUUAAUGUGACACCAACAUAUGACUUUAUGUGACUCAAGUGCCAGGAUUAUUAAGACUUUAGGUAACAGUUUGUUAGGUGCACAGUUUGAUUUGACUGCACAUGGUUCUGCUAAUAUUGAUAUUUCCUCCAGCAUGUUAUCAUAUUACAAUGACCACUUGUUUGUUGGUCCCUGGGAAAUGAAGCUGUACACAUUUCUAUUGAAAUCAUAGACAUUGGACAAAGCAAUGACUAUAUCAGAUACAAUUCACUAAUGUUUACAUAAUGGAUUAAUAAGUUUGCCUAAAUGCCUUUUGAAGAUUUUACAAAAAAAAAAACGUACACUGUGUCCCCGCUGUGGUUUUGUACUUUAGUCAGUUUCUUUAAAAAAAAAUGUAUUCAGUUCCAUAUUGUUCACUUAGAGUUGAAUACGUAUAAUAUUUGAGACAAUAUUCAAUCAGGUUUCCGUGAACGUCCUAGUACUGAGGAUUGUUCAUUUUCAAUUCUUCUGGAUUUGAGCUCUGCAUUUGACACUGUAGAUCACUCAGUAUUGGAUCGCCUUGAGGCAUACUACACCAAAAUGUUUUCAAUUUUACUUAUCAGACACGUGUUUCUGCGUAGCAAUGGACAAUGGCUCCUCAUAACUGGUCUCUUUGACCUGUGGUGUUCCCCAAGGCUCCAUCCUAGGACACAUCAUAAACAAACACGAAUUCCAGUACCAUUGUUAUGCAGAUGACACAAGAUGGUAAAUGUAUGUCCCAAUAAAAACUGGGGGGAAAACUGUCCGAUAUAAAGUGCUGGAUGUCCCAAACCCUUCUCCUGUUAAAUAAAAGCAAAAUCGGAAAUAAUUCUCUUCGGUCCCCCAAAGUACAACCCUAUUUUACAAAACCAUCUUUGAUUCUUGUCUUCAAAUUUCAAACCUACAGCCAGAAACCUGGAUAUGGUAUUUGACAGCGACCUUUCUUUUGAAAAAAAGAUAAACAUUCAGUCAUGUUUCCAUCAACUAAGGAGCCUCUCAAAGAAUAGAUUGUUUCUUUAUCAGCCUGAUCUCAAGAAGCUAUGCUUUUAUUUCUUCUCUCUGUAACUCAUUGCAUUAAGGUUUGAGCAAAAAAGCCAUCAGCUUGCAUUUCCGGCCUCUCUGGGACCUUUAAAGAAGUGCUGCUGACCACAGAGUACAGCUGGGACAAAAUGCAGCUGCCCGGGCAUGAUCCUAUCAGCCCUUGUUCCUGCCUGAGGGUCUGAGACUUGCACAAUCAGUGACAUCUAUUAAAUCCCUUCUCAAUUUAUUUAUUUUUUAUUAUUAUUUUUCAACAAAAAAGCUUUUACUAAUUUAAUCAAAGUUUAAUUUUUUUACUUGUCUUAUUUGUGUAUUUCUGUUAUUGUAUUUGUCUUAUAUUAUCAUUGGAUAUGGAUAUGUUAUUCUUUUUUUCAUUAUAAUUUUCAAUGCAAUUUUUGUAUUACUUAAAAUGUCUGGUUUUAUUUGCCUACGUCCUGAACUGUUUUAAACCUGGUUCAACCAUUUACUACUUUAACCACUUUGUAACAUUGUUUUGAAAAGUGCUUUAUAAAUAAAGUUUAUUGUUAUAUUAUU